AUGUCGAACGCUCACCCUCAGAAGCAACCCAGCACGAAGAGAGAUGUCGCGCAGACGACCCCAUGUCCGCCAGGCACACUCCCGCUCCGCGUGUCGUUUGCGGUCUCAAAGCCGGAGGACCGAAAACGAGCAAACAGCAAUCGAACGGCGUCGCAGCAGUACGAGCUGUCUUUCAUCGCUACCGAAAUGCACCUGGGCGAGCCCCUCGAGAGACUCGUCGCGCCGCGCUCACCUCUUUACCCACCGAACAUAAUUUCCUUGAUGAACCGCGACACAGAUACCUCAGGAGGUGAAGACGGGCCCAUCACCGUCGGCAUCCCAGACCACAACGGAAAAACGAGUGCAAAGCAUGGCGAUUGCCGGAAGACAACGGAACCAGACGCAGCAAAGGGUGCUCUUCUCAUAUACCCCACGAAGAUCGACAACCUGCGGCGCUUCCGCAUCCUCUUCGCCGGUGUGAUUCUCUCCAUCAGUAGCUCCACACAGGGGGUCCACUCCAUAUUUGCCGUGCUCCUCCUUCAGCAGGCGUACCAGUUCAGCGUACGAGAAAUGACGGUCGUCUACCUCAGCGGCGUCUCCGCUGGCUUGUUCGCCCUCCCUUUCGGUGCGCUGUACGACUGGUUCGGGCCACGCGUGGUGGUGGCGCUCGGCAGCAUCAUCGCGGCGCUCGGCCACCUGCUCUUUGCCCUCACCUUUGGUGGCCACAUUCCGCAUACGGUGGUCAACUGCGCCAUCUUCUACGCCGUGAUCUGCUGGGGCUGCUACGCACUCAACGUGGCCAUUCUGCCCGCGGUGCUGACGCACAUGCCGCGCGACCGCGGCCAGCCGACGGGGCUGCUGCAGACGUUCUCGGGACUCGGCACAUCCCUUUUUGCGUGCCUGUUCCGCGGCUUCUUCAAGAACAACUUCGAGAACUUCAUGUGGUUCAUGUUCGCGUUGACGCUGGCCGCCGGCGCUGGUGGCGCGUGGUACCUGGAAGACGCGCCGUACGUGGUAAACCGGUGGCGGCAGCGCGGCGUCACGCCGCGCGAGCAGCUGCGCGCGUACCUCAUCCGAAACCGCUACAUGUCGCAGCUCGUGCCGAAGCGGCGCUACGCCAUCAUGGCGGUCAUCCUCGUGCUGCUGAACUUCUAUCUGACCAUCCAGACCGUGUCCGUGGCGUACCUCGCCGCCGACAUCACACCCGGCAAACUGCGCGGCAUCGCGAUAGGUGCCAUCGCGAUUGCGCUGCUGAUUCUUGUGCUUGUGGUGCCGCUGGACAGCAUUGACGGACUGUCGGAGCAGGACAAGCAGGUGAUCGCCGCGGCGAAGGCGAAGGAGGAGGCGCUGCUCGUCAUGCAAGAGGAACGCUAUCGCCAGCGGCACCUCCAAGCGCGCCAAGCACAAUGUCACCGCAACGAGACGCGACAACAAGAAGGCGGACAGCGGUGCCACUGCCCUGAUGAGGGAGGAGAGAACCAACCAGCGGAUCAGGAGCCGUCAGUGGGGGGGUGGCUCAAGGACGACAGAGACAGUGGCAUGGACGCACCUGAGCACGGCGCCCAGAGGGCUGCGCAGCCGUCGCUGCGCUUGGACGGUGAUAUCGGCGCGGAUUCGAGCGUGGAGAAGAGCUCCCCAAUCGAUGUUGCGGUGCCUGGUGGACCCGUUAGCGCCGGCUCACCCCCAACGCCUCAUCACCGAGGGGGGCUCUUGUCGGAGUCUCUCGGACUGCCGCUGUACGAGCUCACAGGGCCGGAGCGGCCGCUCAUCACCGUCUACAUGCACGAAGAGGAGGACUUGGAGGGAGAGCAGCCGCACUCGCACUCCAUUCACCCCCAGGAGCUGGUACAGCUGCACGCUUCGAACGGCUCUACUGGCGCCGCGCAUCAAUACCAUCGCUUUGAGUCGAAGCAGAACAGCGCGGAGAACUCCUUCACCGUACACCUCCGAGGCGACUACAACAGUCUGCAGGCCUCAGGUGCUCCCAGUCCUAGCACUCGCUCCGACCCUGCGCACGUGGAACUCCGACCUACUGCUUUGUCCACGUACAGCAACCCGCGAGUCGAGACGAUCACGCUGUGCGGCGAGGUGUACGUUGUGCCGGUGUACCAGACUACGUUCCUCCAGAGCCUCACCUAUCCUGACCUGUGGCUCAUCUUCUACACCACGCUCUGUGUCUGGGGCGUCGGUCUUGUGAUGACCAGCAACUGGAACAUCCAGAUUAUGGUCAAGGCACGCUACGGCGCCAUGGAGCCGAAGCACUACGUCCUCUUCGCCUCCAUGGCCGGCGUUUCCGUGGCGGGCGGCCGCGUCUUUCUCGGCAUCUACGAGCGUAUGCUCCAGGUGCUGCGCGAGCGCGCCGGCACCGUCAUUGUUCCCACCCUCAUCUACCCCAUUGCGUCCGUCGGGCUGUUCGUUGGCACGCUUUUCUGGAUCGCGCUGCCCGGUGAGCAGGUGCUCAUCCUGGCCUACAUGAUCGGCGCGUUUUUCUACGGCAUGAGCACGAGUGCCACCUUCUACGUGCUGGGCACCGUCUUCGACCGAGACAUGGGCAUGCACUAUGGGUUCUGCUACAUUGGUGCUGGUGUCGGUUUCGUGCUGUGCUACUGGUGCGCGUGGUACCUCACCUACGAGCGCGAAGCGUCGCCGAAGACGUUGGGCUACUGUGUUGGCGAGCGCCGCUGCAUGAACCGCGCCGUUGGCGUCUACCUCGCCCUCGCCUUCUCCUCCAUCGCUUCUUCCUACCUUGUGCACCGCCGCUACUCGAAGCUGGUGCGCGGCAAGCUGGCGCAGCGCCGUGUGAUUGUUCCGCGUAUCAAGCAGCUUCUUGUGGCGUGUGGAUGCUUUGGGAACGGCGAUGAGGUGAAGGGGAGUGUGAGCGCGUGUACCACUGGUGCUGCAGAGACUAAGGGGAAGAAGGCGCAGUUACAGGGUUAA